AUGGCAACAACAACAACAACAACAACAACAGCAACAGCAACAAUAAGACUACCACGCUCUCCCUAUACCCGGGCCAAAACCAUCACAACUGUCCUCCGAAGCCUCCAGCGGCGGGACGGAGAGGGCCCGUACGUCCAUGGCAAGCAAAUCUCCUUUUUCAACGGCCGGAACAAGGACGACUGGAAUAGGAUGCUGCCGGACCCUAGCCACCGCGACAAUAUUAGCGCGUUCCUGAAGGCGCCAAAGGCCGGGAAGCAGAGCUGGGUGGGUUUCUUCAGCUGUCCGCAGCGCAGCUGGGUUGGCUCCGGUAACGCGUAUAAGUCGGCCGACUGGCAUUGCUUUGCGGCCCUGGUCGUCGCGGACGGGCGGGGCCGUGGCAAGCACCUGCUGUUGUAUGAUAACGACGCCAAGGCCGGUGUUGAUACGGCCAGCAGCCGUAUCUCAGAUGUCCUCUGGGGCCUACAAAAGAGCCUCUGGGAGACUGCGUGUAACUCGGGCCGCUACACGCUGUGGUACUCGACAGAUCGGAGCCGUGCUGGGACUGAUAUGUGCCUACGGCACGCACUCGAGAAAGUGCAGGAGUGGGCCGCGUUACAGGAUCAGACGCUCGACAGCGAGAGCGACGCCCGUCUGUCGGGCUUUGUGAAGCUUUUCAAGAAGUAA